CUGUUGGAGCGGGCGGCGCGGCGGCGGCCAGAGAGAUCGCAGCGGCUGGAGCGGCGGCUGGAGCACCCGGACCCCUGCCUACACCCCGGCGCCCGACGCGCACACCUCCCCGCGCGCACCCCGGACCUUCGCGUGCCUCCGGCUUGAGGAGGGUGCAAAAAAUUACAAAGCUUCAUAAUCACCCUAAGACCACAUAGAGCAAACAUGAAUGAUAUUUCCCAAAAGGCUGAGAUUCUGCUUUCUUCAUCUAAACCUAUACCAAAAACCUAUGUGCCAAAACUUGGCAAGGGUGAUGUAAAGGAUAAGUUUGAAGCCAUGCAGAGAGCAAGGGAAGAAAGAAAUCAAAGGAGAUCUAGAGACGAAAAGCAAAGAAGAAAAGAACAAUAUAUUAGAGAGAGAGAAUGGAACAGGAGAAAGCAGGAGAUGAAAGAAAUGCUUGCUUCUGAUGAUGAAGAAGAGGUAUCUUCUAAAGUAGAAAAGGCUUACGUCCCAAAGCUAACAGGAACUGUUAAAGGUAAAUUUGCUGAAAUGGAGAAACAAAGACAAGAGGAGCAGAGGAAGAGGACGGAGGAGGAACGAAAACGCCGAAUUGAGCAGGAUCUUUUAGAGAAGAGGAAGAUACAGCGUGAAUUAGCAAGAAGGGCCGAGCAGAUUGAGGACAUAAACAAUACGGAAACUGAAUCAGCACCAGAGGAAGGAGAUGAGUCACUGCUUGUAACAGUGGUACCUGUCAAAUCACACAAAACAUCUGGAAAAAUAAAAAAGAAUUUUGAAGAUCUAGAAAAUGAACGAGAAGAGAAGGAAAGGGUCAAGUAUGAAGAAGAUAAAAGAAUAAAAUAUGAAGAACAACGCCGAUCUCUCAAGGAAGCAAAGUGUCUUUCGUUGGUCAUGGAUGAUGAACUAGAAAGUGAGGCAAAAAAAGAAUCACUUUCUUCUGGAAAAUUGAAACUGACUUUUGAAGAAUUGGAAAGACAAAGACAAGAAAACCGAAGGAAGCAAGCUGAGGAGGAAGCAAGAAAACGUUUAGAAGAAGAGAGGCGUGCUUUUGAAGAAGCAAGGCGGCAAAUGGUAAAUGAAGAGGAGGAAAACCAAGACACAGAAAACAUUUUUAAAGGGUACCGCCCUGGUAAACUCAAGCUCAGUUUUGAAGAAAUAGAAAGACAAAGGAGAGAAGAUGAAAAAAGGAAAGCAGAAGAAGAUGCCAGAAGAAGAAUAGAGGAAGAAAAGAAGGCAUUUGCUGAAGCAAGGAGAAGCAUGGUAGUAGAUGAUGACACCCCAGAGAUGUAUAAAACAAUCUCUCAAGAAUCUCUUAUACCGGGAAAACUGGAAAUUAAUUUUGAAGAAUUAUUAAAACAAAAAAUGGAAGAAGAAAGACGACGAACAGAGGAGGAGCGGAAACAUAAACUAGAGAUGGAAAAACAGGAAUUUGAACAACUGAGACAAGAAAUGGGAGAGGAAGAGGAAGAAAAUGAAACCUUUGAACUGAGCAGGGAAUAUGAAGAGUUAAUCAAAUUGAAAAGGAGUGGUUCUAUUCAAGCUAAAAAUUUAAAAAGCAAGUUUGAAAAAAUUGGACAACUGUCUGAAAAAGAAAUACAGAAAAAGAUAGAAGAAGAACGAGCAAGAAGAAGAGCGAUUGAUCUUGAAAUUAAAGAGAGAGAAGCAGAAAACUUUCAUGAGGAGGAAGAUGUUGACAUUAAGCCUGCAAAAAAAAGUGAGGCUCCAUUUACUCAUAAAGUGAAUAUGAAAGCUAGAUUUGAACGUAUGGCUAAAGCAAGAGAAGAAGAAGAACAAAGAAGAAUUGAAGAGCAAAAGUUACUACGUAUGCAGUUUGAACAAAAGGAAAUUGAUGCAGCACUACAAAAGAAAAGAGAAGAGGAGGAGGAAGAAGAGGGUAGCACCAUGCAUGGAUCUACCAUUGAAGAUGAAGAGCAAACCAGAUCAGGAGCUCCGUGGUUUAAGAAGCCUCUAAGAAACACAUCGGUUGUAGACAGUGAGCCAGUCAGAUUUACUGUUAAAGUAACAGGAGAACCCAAACCAGAAAUUACAUGGUGGUUUGAAGGAGAAAUAUUGCAGGAUGGAGAAGACUAUCAAUAUAUUGAAAGAGGAGAAACUUACUGCCUUUAUUUACCAGAAACUUUCCCAGAAGACGAAGGAGAGUAUAUGUGUAAAGCAGUGAACAGCAAGGGAUCUGCGGCUAGUACCUGUAUUCUUACCAUUGAAAGUAAGAAUUAAUCACUCUUUGAAUCUAGAACUUUCAUUCUAUUUAAAAAUUUUUUUCUGAGAAAAAAAAAUCAUUUUUCUUCUUCUCUUUUUUAGCUGACGACUACUAGGUCCCCUUCCCUCUCCCUGGAACACACCCUCUCUCUCCGACUUUCUUACUACAUCCAUCUUUUCUGUGGCGGGGCCAAAAAAGGAAACUGGAAGUACCACUGUGUUGACUUCUUAUUCCUUUCCCUAACAGUCUUCAAAAAACAAGCUCAUCUAAAAAAUACCUUUUUCCUUUCCAAAAGAGCACCAGAUUCAUCACCCCAUUAUGCAGUGUAAGUUAAUGUGUAAUUUAAUAGGGCAAAGGGGGGGAAUUUACUCAAUUAUUCUAUCAGAACCUAUUACAAACACUGUGUAUUUUUCAUGUUUACAGCAAUUAAGUUUUAAAGAAAUUAUAAACAGGACACAUUUUGCAUGAAAAGACUAUCAUUUAUGAACUAGUCACACCUAAAAUUAGUCUGAAAUAGAUGAGUAGUGAAUUUGGAACCUAUCAAUUUAAGUGGGCUUUCCCCUCAGUAGUGCAUCAUCUUGGCUAUUGUAGUUUCAAAGUCUUUCUGGAGCAGAGAUGAGGGGGGUAGGGUGGUCAUUUCUCCCUCUAUGCAGAGAGAACACAAAACAAAACAAAAAUUAAAAGACUUUUAAGAAAACAACUGCCAGAGCAAAUCUGAUGGAUACCACUGCCUAAUACGGAAUGUUGGGAAUAUCAAACAUGUAUUUUUCAAAUCUGUGUAAUAUAUAUUCAAGCUUAUAAAAAGUAAAUUUAUGUUGUGACUUUCCUGAGCAAAUUAUAUUUUAAUGAGAAAACUUUGUAUUAAUAGUUCAUGCAGGAGAAAACAUAAUCAAAGAUUUUCGGACUUAAGAGAAUUAAUUAGAUGUAGGGGAAAAUGGCACAAUCAUCAAUUUUUAGUUUUUAAAGUGAGUUUGUAAAUAAUUAGCUAUCAUGUUCUAUUAUCAAGUUGUUUUAUAUUUUAGUUUUCUGGAAAACAAUUUUAUUUUACAAUGUAAACCCAUAAUAAAGUCACUUCUGUAUUUAAGAAAA